AUGUCGCAAACGACCCACACAACCCCAAUAGAUGCCCAGAGACACCGGGCUAAGAAGGGGUCAAGCACCACUCACACCGAGCAUGUGGUCACAGCGACAAUUAGGCCGGGUUACCUAUGUUAUUCCAAACUCUUAAGUACCACGCUCCCACAUG